AUGGACUAACCUAUAAUUUUCAAUCACUAUCGAUAUUUCGAUAUACAUCGAUCCCUAACCUGUUUUAUCAUUACUUAUUCGUCUUCGUUAUUACCACCGUUUGAUAAAUCGUUAUUAUCACUGUUAUCAGCAGCGCUGUAUAACAUCGUCAAAGUAAACUAUUCUCGCGUGCACUGACGCGAAAAUAGCCCGGAGAUGUUUGAAACUUUUGAUUUAUGUCGUUAUUGAAAUAAGGCGCGAUCACGACCGAGAUUUUGGAUACGCAAAUACAUAAUCGAUCGUAAAUUCUUGGGUGAUACGGUUAAAAUGGCCAGUGGUGAAGUUACGAGUGUGUACAGAUUAUCCGUUUUGGAUACUGAACGUGUUCGAACGUAGUACGACACAGAGAUCGCGGCGGGCGGGUUCAAAAAUAAAAAUUGAUCAUUGUGAUCGGUUGAACGUCGUUUAUUUUUGCAUCAAUCUUAUUUGCCAAUACUUUUAUUGCGAUCUCGAUUGUCCAUUAUGAAACCGGAUAUAUACGAAUAUAACAUGAAACACACGACUAGUACCAGUCGAUGUAUGCGGACGCGGAUGUUGUGUAAACUUGAGCAUAUAUACCGGGUGAUCUUCUGGAAGGGGAUAAAUAUCGAGAAAAUGUCGUCGCUGCGAACGCAGUCGACCGGCGGUGGCGUCCUCGGUUUAAGCAGCGUCGGUUCAGAUCGUACCGGUGCCACCUCGACCGCUGCCGGUUCUCAUUCACAUUCGCAUAGGAAGCACCAUCAUCAUCACAGAAGCAGAAGCGCGCCCAGAGCGCCGGAAAAACCACCGAGGAAACGUCAUCUUAAUCCUGGCCACAGCCUCGCUUCCAUUCCCAGCCAGAUUAAACUGUCGAUGCUGAACAGCGGCCUCAUCUCCUUCGCCACGGAGGAACUCGGUAGCAGCAUGAGCACCACCCUGCCGUCCGCACCGACCGAACUCUCGCAAUUCCCCAAGCUUUGCGAGCUACGUCGAAAGUUUCCUGUUCUGUACCGCGUCGAGUUUCAGACGGCAACGAAGGUGGAGACGCAUUCGUGUAGACAUGCCACGAAACCAGCCAACAAGGAAAAGAACCAGAACCAAAGGUGUAUUCCUUAUGACUACAACAGGGUGGUUUUGGAUCCUGUGGAAGGCGAGCCUGACUCCGAUUACAUCAAUGCCUCUUACGUAGAUAGCAUAUUGAAACCGAACGCUUACAUCGUGACACAGGGACCUAUGGAGAACAGUGUGACGGAAUUCUGGCGGAUGGUUUGGCAGGAGAAAGCCUGCUGUAUCGUCAUGCUAACGAAAACCUUCGAUUUCAUUAGGGUGAUGUGCGUCCAGUAUUGGCCAGCGAGCAAAGACAAGGACGAAGAAUAUGGCGGUAUCGGUGUUUCCGUGCUGAAGGAGGAAGAGCUGGCCAAUUUUCACAUACGGACGAUAAGACUUUACAAGAAGAAUAACAAUGACGAAGUCACGGAAGAACGAACGUUAUUGCAAUUCCACUACACAGAAUGGCACUCGCAUACGUGUCCAUUCGGAAACGCGGUUUUAGAGUUCCGUCGACGCGUGAGAGCGGUAGUCGGUUCCACCAUAAAGAACGAGUCUGGACCUAUGGUGGUCCAUUGCAACGAUGGUGGUGGAAGAUCAGGCGUGUACCUGGCGAUAGAUGCGAAUAUGGAAUUGGCCGAGGAAGAAGAUGCCUUCGACGUCUUUGGCUAUUUGAAAAAGUUGCGGCAAAGCAGAAGAGGACUUAUCGAGAACUUGGAACAAUAUAGAUUCGUGUACGACACGCUGGAGGAGUUUGUGGUGUGUGGCAUCUCGUGGUUUCCGGUCUCAGAGUUGUCGCAACGUCUUAAGCAGAAGAGCGUAAAAAAUCCAAUAACUAAAAUGAAUGAAUAUCAACGGGAAUAUCAGCAAAUUUGUAAGCAGACGCCGCGCUUUACGAUCGGAGAUUGCGCUGGAGGCCACAGGGCUGAUAACAGGGAAAAGAACAGAGACGUGUUGGUUGUGCCGCCUGACAACUUCCGACCAUACCUCACCAGCUUCCAGGGUAACAGUUACACUGACUAUAUAAAUGCUGUCUUCGUGGACGGUUACACGAAGCCCAGGGAAUACAUCGUUACUGAAUGGCCUCUUCGACACACGUGCGGUGAGUUUUGGUCCCUGGUUUACGAUUACGAGUGUUCAGCCGUGGUGGUACUCUGCGUACCUCCCCCAGGCUCCACCAACUUCCCCAGUUUCUGGCCCGAGGGAAAACACUCGAAGAAAUACGGACCCGUUUUUACGAUUGAUCACAUCAGCCACAACCACUACACGAACAUCAAGACCUGGAUUUUUAGGAUAAACAAGAAAAUCGUGUCACUGACCGAGCUGAUGGCAGGCGUGAAAGCACCACCGAAGACGGUUCAGUUGUUCCAACUGACGUGUUGGCCUAUGGGUCACAAAGUUCCAACGUCGACAAACAGUCUGGUCGAGUUGAUGAAUAUGGUCGAGAGGUGGAGGCAACGAACCGACUAUGGACCGGUCGCUGUGGUCUCCCCAGAUGGCAGAAGUCGUUGCGGUGUAUAUUGCGCCGCAAACGCGUGUAUAGAACAAGUGAUUCAACAUGGGGAAGUGGACAUUUUCCAAGCAGUUAAAACUGUACGCAGACAUAGACCUCAGCUUGUCGAGAACAUGACCGAGUACAAAUAUUGUUACGACCUGGUGCUACAUUACGUGCUCCACUACCUGAACAAGGACAUGAACGAGAAAAAGUGAGAAAGCGAGUUGAGGGACGAGCUGUGGUUCAUUGAGUUCGGUCGCGGGGCGGCGCUGCCGU